AUGUCAUGGGGAGGGACCAGUUUUGCCAUUAUGGCAACAAGUUUGGUGUGGAGGCGGGUAUUUAUGCCAAAGCAAACCCUAACCCUAAGGAUGCUUACAGCCAUCACCACUCACCCUCUAGACUUUCGGCCGCCGCUGUGCCACCCCAUCGAAGAAGGAAACCUCUACGAGACGUCAUGGCCGCGAGAAAUGGGAUGGAACUCACCUUGGAGCGUCGUCGUUGCUAUUUCCGGUGGAAACCACCACCUCCUUCGCGUCUCUUCUGUUCCGCCAUCUCCCUGCCGUUGCAUCGACCACCGUCGCUCGGGACCAGUCGCCGCCGUCCUUAUUCUUCUUCCUUUUCGUUCUGUCGCCGAUAGCCACCAUUGUGGCUGCUUGAACUACUGUUGUCGUCGUUAUGCACCACCAAUUGGUGGUUGCGUCCAGAUUCCGAGCAAGGUCUCGUCAGGAUGUGUUGCUGUUUGA